CUUUGAAGCCACAAUCCCUGUGCAUCAGCAUUCAUGCCAUCGUUUCGUACCUCAUCUUUUUCUCGCAGCCUCUCUUUGUUCAGUCUUUGAGCUGGCGCCAUCACCUAGAAUUCUCACUCACCUUCUUAGGAAGGGCAAGAUCCCUUCUUCGGCGAUGGCUCUUACCGUCGUUGAAGAGCCGUCUCCCAAGGAUGAACGCCUUCCACCUCCGAAUCCACCUCAAGUCAUCAACACGCCUUGUGGAGACUUGUGGCCGAAGCCGUACUAUUUGGAAGAUGGGCUGCGCAGGGUUGAGCCGUAUCACUUUACAUAUUACACAAAUGUGAAAGAGCGGUGGCGCAACCGACCGAUCCUAGACAUAUUCACGAGCGAGUUCAGAGAUCGGCCAGAAGAGUAUUAUAGACAGGCCAUAGAGAACGGAGCCAUACAAGUCAACGGGAAAGAGGUAAAACCUGACAGCAUCCUCAAGAAUGGAGACUUGAUAUCGCAUACCUUACAUCGGCAUGAGCCACCAGUCACAGCGGACGAGAUCGGCAUCCUACACGAAGAUGAAGAUUUGAUCGUCAUCAACAAGCCUGCUGGCGUGCCCGUGCACCCCGCUGGACGAUACUUCCACAAUUCUGUCGUCGAAAUCCUGCGAGCGCAGCGUGGAUAUACGUUUAACCCACGGCCUUGCCACCGGCUCGAUAGGCUGACAAGCGGCGUCAUGCUCCUUGGCAAGACUCAGAAAGCAGCGGACGCGAUGUCCGUUCAGAUCAAAGGGCGCACGGUCAAGAAGGAGUACGUUGCCAGGGUCCUUGGCGAGUUUCCGGAGGGCGACAUUGUUUGCGAGAAGCCGAUCCUGCAGAUUAGUCCUAAGCUAGGCCUCAACGCAGUGCGGGCAAAUGGCAAAGAAGCCCGCACGUUGUUCAAAAGAUUGGCGUACUAUCCAUCGAGAAAAGAGCAGCUCCCAAAGGAUUCAAGUGCUGAGGACGAUAAGGCAAGCUUGCCGUGGAAGCGGUUCGACGGUUACUCCAUCGUGCGUUGCCGUCCGUUAACAGGCCGCACCCACCAGAUCCGAGUGCACUUACAGUUUCUCGGACAUCCCAUCUCUAAUGACCCAAUAUACUGCAACCAGAGAGUCUUCGGUCCCUCCCUCGCAAAGGGUAGCGAAGGCGACUCCGAUCGCGACGAAGACAUCAUCUCGCGCCUCUCACGCAUGGGUAGGGAGGAGGUUGCCGAGGCAGUCGCUUACCACGACGAGAUGGUGGAUAAAUACCAGAAGCGUAAAGCGGAGAAGCUGACCGGAGAGCUUUGUAAGGUCUGCGACACGCCGCUCUUUAGCGACCCGGGAAUCCAUGAAUUGGGCAUAUAUCUUCACGCUCUGAGAUAUGAGAGUGAGGACGGUACGUGGUCUUACGAAUCGCCACUGCCUACGUGGGCUCUGCCGCCAGACGGCGUAGAGGGGCCAAGGGAAGUGACGAAGGAGACGGACCCUUUAGCAGUUGACCUGGAGAAGCUUGGUCUCGCAGACAGGAAAGAGUCGCCGCAGGAGCAGGAUAUUUGACUGUCUGGCGCAGAGAUCAGUAUAUGAAACAAAGGCAAUUUUUGCUAACGUAGGGACGGUUUCAGCUGUCCGCUGGUCAAAUACAGUUAUUGAAAGACGCAAAUCAUAUGUGACCGAAUGGGAUCGGUCCACGGGAACUGCACGCUACGUAUUCAAAAAGGAAUACCCAGUGAUUGAAUUACUUCUUUCUGUUGAACAUGUACGCUCU